CUGUCCCGAGCUGCUCAAAGCGAUCGACUCCGAGCCCGAACCGGACGUCCAGACGGAGCUACUGCAGUCACUGGCACGAUGCAUCGAAACGCUUGGCGCUGCUUGUCUAUCGAACGAAUCGAUGGAAGAGGUGCUCCGACUGAUCGACAAGUUCCUCACGCAGCACUUCGAGAAGGAAGAGAAACGGGCCCAGGCACGCCGGGAAGAAGACUACGACGAUGGUGUCGAGGAGCGGUUAGCGGAGGAGGACGAUGCCGAUAUCUAUCUGCUGUCGCGAAUCACCGACAUUAUACACGCCCUCUUCGUCACCUACAAGGAAGCCUUUCUACCCUCGUUCCAGCGGCUUGUACCGCACUUUGCCAAGCUGCUGGAACCCACGAACCCGUGGGCCGAUCGGCAGUGGGGUUUGUGCAUAUUUGACGAUCUUAUCGAAUACACCGGACCAAUGUGUGCCCAGUAUCAGAACGUGUUCCUGCAGCCCAUGCUCGGGUACAUCAAGGACGAACAGGCCGAGGUGCGACAGGCAGCCGUGUACGGUUUAGGAGUGCUUGGAAUGUACGGUGGUGAACAGUUUUCCCUUGCUUGCGCCCAAGCGAUACCGUUGCUGAUGGAGGUCAUCAUGGCACCGGAAAGCCGCGAACCGGAGAACGUAAACCCAACGGAGAACGCUAUUUCGGCCAUCACGAAAAUACUGAAAUACAACAACAAGGCCAUCACAAAUCCGGACGAAAUCAUCGCAGUGUGGUUCUCGUGGCUACCGGUGGGCGAAGAUGAGGACGAAGCGGUCUACGUGUACGGGUAUCUGUGCGAUCUGAUUCAAGCCAACCAUCCGAUCAUACUGGGUGAAAACAAUGCAAAUCUUCCUCGCAUCGUGUCGAUCAUUGCAUCCUGCUUCUAUCGUGAAGCCGUCACCGUGCCGCACCCGGAAGCGCAACGAAUGCUCUCAAUCGUGAAACAGAUCGAAGCGAAUCCUGAUCUGUUCCAGGCCUGCAUCAACGCUCUCACGGCGGAACAGAAGGCAGCGCUCGAGGCGGCCUACGUAGCGGCAGCAUCAGCGGCCGCGUAAGGCGGAGUAGUGGAACACGUGAUGGGUGUAGGUUGGAAGAAGGAAUAUAGCGUCAGUUAGUUCGUGCAGUUAGCGAGCUUUUAUGUUAUUAAAACAGUUUUCAUCCCUCUUUUUCUCCCCUUUAAUUAUAUUGCAUCGACACCACUCCUACACCCACAGCAUGAUAAAAAGGUGCGCCAGUGGUGCGCUCAUUGAUGUCGAUUUCCAUUUAACUUUGCGGGGGGCUAUGGUCGUACACUCGUCCUUUAUUUGUUGUUUAUUUUGUGUCCCAGACAGGGCAGUGAGGAUAGAGAGAGAGUGUAACGAUUGUGAACGAAAUCCGUACUCUUAUCAAAUCCAGCACGUGUGUGCUGUGUGUUGGCCCCGUGGUUGCAGAUCCGUUACGAUGCGAUUUAUAGUAAGAGAUUAAGACUCUUAUGGGCGUCUUAUUGUGUACGGGCUCCGUGCUUGUUUUCGUCGCGUUCCGUUGUAUCGUGUCGCAGGAUGCCAGAUGGGCGUUGUUGGUUUUAUUGAACCAUUUAUUGAACAAUUAGGUACGUUUUCUCAUUCUGCUAUCCACACGACGCGUCUCCGGUUCGUUUUACCAUACUCCCGGUGGUAUGUUCCGUCUGUCACAGUCCAUUUUGGGCAGUUUAGGUUUCAGUUAUAGGGCGGUUUCAGUUGACCAGUUGCAACAGCUUUCUUCGCUGCACGCUAAUGUAGGAAAGCGCAACAGGGAAGGAGGUAGUCGGCAGUGUACAAGUUUUCAGGUUAACAGAAGGCAUUGUAACAAUACUGUAAAUAGGUAACGAGAGAUUAAGAGGGAGAGAUAGAGUGAGAUCGAGAUCGCGCAGGAUAAUGUGUGUUUCAGUGAAGUUUUCAUUAGAUCUCCCUUACAGAAACACGGGCGUGCUGCAUUCGUGCGGAGUCCAAUUUUGAAUCGAAAAAUCAAUGGGGGAGAUACAAACAAAAUCUUCGCAUUUGAUUGCUCCCAGUUCGUGCGUUCGUUUCGAUUUAGUUCGGUGUAAACGGCGUAAAAAGAGAGAUGGGUAGGAAGGAAGGAAGAAAGUGAAGUGGCCCACUUUAAUAAUGUAACGAGGUGAUGUUGCUAGUGCUACUACCGCCUCAUGCUAGACGGUUGGCAGCUAAUCAUUCUCUACUCCUUUGCAGCUUGUUCUAAGAGCACGUUGUGUGUGUGGAAACAUCUUCUUAUGCAUUCGAAACUUCUAGUGUCUAAUAAUCUCUAACAUUCUCUAUGGAACACUCGAACACCACACAGACACACAAAACACGCCAGAAGAUAGUCGAGAGAA